CACCGCUGCAGCCUGCCUCUGCUCAGGCGACACGCCCCGGGUUGCUGCCUCUGUCAAGCCUUGUAUUUUGGUAACAGCACAUGGCACCGUGAGCUCAUCCCAGUGUGCGCGCCUGACCGCAGGUGGUUUCCAUGCGUCCUGCGCUUACAUCAGACGCAAGAGACAAGAGACCGUGGGCGCUCCAUCGUCGCCUCAGUAACACUAGAUUGACGGGGGAAAUUAUAAAGCAACUUUCUGCGUUUUCCCAUCUUUGGGACAAAUCGUUGCGUUGAGGCGAAGUGAGCUGGGACUUGCCGUCUCCUUGGUGUGUGUUUGGUGUUUUGCCGCGGAGCGCUCAGAGCUGUGUGAGGACCCGCAGGUGUAGAAGGCGAAGUUGUUUCCCUCUGUAGUCUCACAACACUCACCUUGGAUUUGGACCCAGUGUGCUCUGACCUGAUUGCUUGAUGGCACUGACGGUGAACUUGAUUGGUCCUUCACCAUGGGGCUUCAGAAUAUACGGAGGCAGGGACUUCAAGAAGGCCAUAACUGUGUCGAAGGUCAACGAGGGCAGCAAGGCAAAUCAGGCGUCCUUGCAACCUGGUGACAUUAUCUUGGAGAUCAAUGGCGAGAACACAGCGGACAUGCUGAACGUGGAGGCCCAGAACAAGAUCAAGAACUCCAAGACCCAGCUGCAGCUGGUGGUGGAGAGACCUGAUCCACCCAGCCCCGGACAGACCAACGGCAUCAGCACCCCUGAACAGCUUGCUGGACGCUUCCAGGAAGCAGUACUGGUGAGUCGAGAUGAGAACCAGAACUAUAGAGAAUACACCAUCUCCAGCCCUGCAUCUCUGUCCCCUGGUCCGUACUCGCCUGAGCCGCCCGCCAGCCCCGAUGGGAAGAGGGAGAGGCUCACACCAACCAACAACAAGAGUGUCCAGCUGCGCUCAUGGUCUCCAGACGAGAAGAGUCACAGACUGUCAAGACCACUGUCACAGGAGAUCUCCUCUCCAGACUACAGAAAUAACUCUGUGUCCAGUAGGACUCCCACCCCACCAGGACGCUAUUCGCCCCACAGCCCCAUUGAUCGGGACGUGCCUGUGUCCCCCCGCCGCAGCAGUUCGAGCUCUGACUUUGCCAUGCAGAGGUUUGACAAGGACUCCGAGGUGUACAAGAUGAUCCAGGAGAACAAAGAGUCCCGCACGCCUCCUCGUCAGUCCAACACCUUCCGCAUGCUGCAAGAAGUCUUGGAGGCCGAUGAGAAAGAGGCAGCUCUGCGGUUCCCAGGGAAGCUGUCGCCCAACGCCCCCAAAGCCACCACGUCAGUGGGAGGAGUCAGCAAAUCCCACAUCUGUGAGAAGUGUGGCACCAGCAUUGUCACACAGGCCGUGCGCAUCAUGGAUGACCGCUUCCGCCACCCGGAGUGCUACACCUGCACAGACUGCGGUCUUAACCUGAAGAUGAGAGGUCACUUUUGGGUGGGGGACGUGAUGUACUGCGAGAAGCAUGCAAGGGAAAGGUACCAAGGCCCAGGCUCUAACUACCGGGCCACCAUCUCUCCUCGUCACUGAGGCUCCCCGGCUGCUCGCCCUCCUCAAACCCCACCUCACCUGACUCUGGUAUAGACUUUGGGAUGGGGCACGGAGGUGGACAGGGGUUCAACUACAAGUCAGAGGAUGUACUGUUCUGACUGCAUUUAACCAUAUUCCGCAAUGUUAUGAUUCACUUUCCUUGCCUUUUUAAUAAAUUGUAUCAGAAGUGGGGCUCUGGUUUUCACAUGAACCUGCCCCCACGGUCUCUUUAGGUUAUUCUUCCAAUGAUGUACAGCUGAAUUGGAUUCAAACCACAUCACAUUGUACUAAAACCAGAUUUACACAACACCAACGUGUUAGACAAACAACAGCAGGACUGGUAAUUUAGUGAGAAUCUGGAUAUUCAUGACAAAAUGAGAUUUGUUGAAUCCCCUGCUGAUGCAUUUUUUUUGGAGAAAGGGACCAAAAUCACAUCCAAACUGCAUGCCAUUUGGAAAAUGUACUGUACACAGACUUUGCUGUGUGUGUGUGUGUGUGUGUGUGUGUGUGUGUGUGUGAGUGAGUGAGUGAGUGAGUGAGCGGGUGUGUGUGUGGGUGCAGGUGCACAUAUUCACAUGCACAUUUGCACUGGUUUCUGCAUGCCUUGCCUCUGUGAGUGUGUGCGUGUGUGUGUGUGGAGGGGAGGGGUGUCAUUCCUUUUGAAGUGGCCUUAUUGUUAACAUGUUCUGUUCCCUAGAUCACAAAGAAUUUUGUGAAUUUUGCGUUGUGUCAGGCCAACAGCUUUUUGGUUUUUCUAUAUAUUUUCUUUUGUAAGCAGAAUUUAUUAGUUGAAAUAAUGAACCUUUUUUUUCUUGUUUGCUUAUGAGGGACUAUAGAUUCAUGCAAUAUACAAAUGGUAUUUUUGAUGUUUCUUUGAUAGAACUGUAUACUAUAUUACUGGUAUAGACCAUAUAAAUGCAUAAUGUAUGCACAGGACUUGGAGUUUUAAAAAAAAAAUGCUGAAGAUGCUACACCUGUCCAAUUAUAGCAAUACUCUGAACAAAAUACACUCUAAUUUUCUCAUUUCAUAUCGCACUUAAUAAAAACCGCACAACAUGAAGCUUG